AUGUCGAUAAAAACCGCCGCAACGAUAUUUGCAGGCCUUUUGGCCUGCCAGACGGUUUCCGCGUACGAUUUCACCAUUUCGUCAGGGAACCGUAAUUACACCAAGGACAGCGGUCCUUACCGUGUGUCCGGCAAGGACAUGAAGGCAGCUUUGGCAAACCCCUUCGCAAGUCACAACUGGACCGCGGCGGGUCCCAAUGGCACAUCGGACUAUACCUACACCAUCACCGUAGCCGACAUAAACCUGAACGACACGGCUGUGUACAAGAACAAGACCAUGGCUACCGCCGACGCUAUCAUCUCUCUCUCUGCACCAGCAGGAGCAAACCUCACGGACUGGAAAGUCAACCACAAAAUCUACAUUCCUGAGUACAACCAGACCUGGAUCGACCUGUUCAAGCCUUCGGACAACGGUGAUUGCAAGACAGCGCUCUCUGAUGCGUGCCUGGCCAAGCUCACAAGCAAGCCGCGCAACGGCUCCAAUUGGCCCGAGGAGUGCCCGCCUACUAACAACAUGUCGUCGUUUGCAUGGAACAGCACUGCAAGCUCGGUGGUCAAUGCCGAUGCCUGGGUGAACUACUACAGCCGGCCCCACGAUGCUAGCAACAAGACGCUGGUGGAGAAGCUGUCGAAGCAGGUCUUCCCAAUCCUGCUGGAAUGGAACCAUGCCAAGACCAACCAGUCCGUCCGGUCGAUGCGAUGUGUGCGUGCGACUGUGCCUUCGCCAAGCCCGAACCCGGGCACCACCACCAGCUCAACUUCUGGUCCCACUUCGUCUGCAACCGCGCCGCCUACAACGACAGCAACGAGUGCUCCCGCUUCCACUACAUCGCCCGCCGCUGGCAUUGCUGGCUUGAAUGCAGCAGUUAGGAAGGACUACUUGCUCGGUGCAGCAGCUUUGGUGGCUGGGUACAUGGCGUGUUAG